GCCAACUUUAGUAACUGCGUGAGUUUCCUGAGCAUUUUGGGAAACAAUGGGGAUUGGCAAGAACACUACUUCUAAAUCUGUAGAAACGGGAAGCCCAACAGAGGGCAAAUACGAGGAUGAACCGAAGCAUCCUGCUUUCUUCACAUUACCGGUUGUAAUAAAUGGUGGCGCAACAUCUAGUGGUGAUCAAGACACAGAAGAUACAGAGCUUAUGGCAAUAUAUACUACAGAAAAUGGAAUUGCUGAAAAGAGUUCUCUGGCAGAGACGUUGGACAGCAGUGGAAGCUUAGAUGCACAAAGAACGGACAUGAUAUACACAAUAGAGGAUGUUCCUCCCUGGUACCUCUGCAUAUUCUUGGGCUUACAGCACUACCUGACCUGUUUCAGUGGUACAAUAGCAGUGCCCUUCUUACUAGCAGAUGCCAUGUGUGUGGGAUUUGACCAGUGGGCAACCAGCCAGCUGAUUGGGACCAUAUUUUUCUGUGUAGGAAUCACAACUUUGUUACAAACAACUUUUGGGUGCCGGUUACCUUUAUUUCAAGCCAGUGCUUUUGCAUUCUUGGCUCCAGCCAGAGCGAUUCUGUCCUUGGACAAGUGGAAAUGCAACAACACAGCUAUAACGGUUACAAAUGGAACGACAGAGCUGCUGCACACAGAACAUAUCUGGUAUCCCAGGAUACGAGAGAUCCAAGGUGCUAUUAUCAUGUCAUCUUUGAUAGAAGUGGUGAUUGGGUUUUUGGGCCUGCCAGGGGCACUCCUGAGCUACAUUGGGCCCCUGACCAUCACGCCAACAGUGGCUCUCAUUGGGCUCUCCGGUUUCCAGGCUGCAGGGGAAAGAGCUGGAAAACACUGGGGCAUAGCCAUGCUGACUAUUUUCCUAGUGCUGUUGUUUUCUCAGUAUGCCCGAAAUGUCAAAUUCCCUUUACCAAUUUACAAGUCCAAGAAAGGAUGGACUGCAUAUCGGUUGCAACUUUUUAAAAUGUUUCCUAUCAUUCUUGCCAUUCUGGUGUCGUGGUUGCUCUGCUUCAUCUUCACUGUGACGGAUGUCUUUCCUCCUGACAGCACAAAGUAUGGCUUUUAUGCACGCACGGAUGCCAGGCAAGGCGUCCUCUUGGUAGCGCCAUGGUUCAAGGUUCCCUAUCCAUUUCAGUGGGGAUUGCCAACUAUUUCCGCGGCAGGCGUCAUUGGGAUGCUCAGUGCGGUGGUUGCCAGCAUCAUUGAAUCAAUUGGCGAUUAUUAUGCCUGUGCAAGGUUGUCUUGUGCCCCUCCACCACCGAUCCAUGCAAUAAAUAGAGGCAUUUUCAUAGAAGGCCUUUCUUGUGUAUUGGAUGGCAUAUUUGGUACUGGAAAUGGAUCCACUUCUUCUAGUCCUAAUAUUGGAGUCUUGGGGAUUACAAAGGUUGGAAGCAGGCGGGUUAUUCAGUACGGAGCAGCCUUCAUGCUGUUGCUUGGAAUGGUUGGCAAAUUCAGUGCUUUGUUUGCAUCGCUCCCUGAUCCAGUGCUUGGAGCUCUCUUCUGCACCCUUUUUGGGAUGAUUACUGCUGUAGGGCUGUCAAAUCUCCAGUUCAUAGAUUUGAAUUCUUCCCGGAACCUCUUUGUGCUUGGAUUUUCUAUCUUCUUCGGAUUGGUCCUUCCGAGCUAUCUCCGACAAAAUCCAUUGGUCACAGGAAUAGCCAGCAUUGAUCAAGUACUCAAUGUUCUUCUUACUACAGCCAUGUUCGUUGGGGGUUGUGUAGCAUUUAUUUUGGAUAACACUAUUCCAGGAAGUCCCGAGGAAAGAGGAAUCCGGAAGUGGAAAAAAGGAGUGGGCAAAGGCAGCAAAUCUAUCGAUGGCAUGGAAACCUACGACUUGCCUUUUGGCAUGGAAAUGAUCAAGAAGUACAGGUGUUUCCGUUUCUUGCCCAUCAGUCCCACCUUUAUGGGCUACACAUGGAAAGGCUUCAGGAAAGGAGCCCAGGAGGAGGACUCGGAGGCUACCGUAUAGCCCCUGCUGAAAACGCCUCCCUUCCAUUCUUGCUGUAGUAACUGACAGAUCUGCAGCAACUCGCUGGUUUUUAUUUUAUUUUGUAUAUUUGCAUUUUAAAUUCUGGAACCAGAGCCGAGACAGAUUCUAAAAAUAGCUUUCCUGUGGUGGGCGGUGAUAGCUAUCUAUAAUGUCUCUCUUUAGUUAACAUGGUGCUUGGCUUUAUUUUAAAAACUUAGUUAAAAUAGCCUAUCCUAAAUUUUA